AUGGCCGCCAUGGCGAUUGACAGUGCAAAGCGGAAAGCUUCCGAAGAGAUCACUUCCCCGGAUUCGCAACAACAGAGUAAGAAAGCGCGCACUGACUCGCCGGAACGAGAACCAAAGGUUGAGGAAGAUGAAGACACCGGGAAGCCCCUCCGAAUCGUCCCCUUUCCCGAGAAACCAGCGGUUCUAGAAGAGCGUCGAGGAGAUAUCGAGUUCCGGGUGGUUAAUAAUGAUGGAUCGCGGGAUAGCUUUGUUAUCCUCACCGGGUUGAAGUGUAUUUUUCAGAAGCAACUUCCCAAGAUGCCCAAGGAUUAUAUUGCGCGAUUGGUGUACGAUAGGUCGCACCUGUCUAUCGCGAUUGUGAAGCAUCCGUUGGAGGUAGUUGGAGGGAUCACGUACCGGCCAUUCAACAGUCGCAAAUUCGCCGAAAUUGUCUUCUGUGCCAUCUCGUCCGACCAGCAGGUAAAGGGCUACGGAGCGCAUUUGAUGUCACAUCUUAAGGACUAUGUCAAAGCUACAUCGCCAAUUAUGCACUUCCUGACAUACGCCGAUAACUAUGCUAUAGGAUAUUUCAAAAAGCAGGGCUUCACGAAAGAAAUUACACUCGAAAGGUCUAUAUGGAUGGGAUACAUCAAGGAUUACGAGGGAGGCACCAUUAUGCAGUGCACGAUGUUGCCCAAGAUACGAUAUCUGGAAAUUGGGCGCAUGCUCUUGAAGCAAAAGGAAGCGGUUCAUGCAAAGAUUCGCGCGUUUAGUCGGUCACAUAUCAUCCACAAUCCGCCGAAAGAGUGGAAGAACGGGCCGUGUCAAAUUGACCCGUUGAGCAUCCCGGCCAUCAAGGAAUCUGGGUGGUCUCCUGAUAUGGAUGAGUUGGCUCGUCAACCACGCCAUGGACCGAACUAUAACCAGCUGCUGCACCUUCUUAAUGACAUGCAGAAUCACAGCGCUGCAUGGCCCUUCACCCAACCCGUCAAUCGCGAUGAAGUGCCAGAUUACUACGAGGUUAUCAAGGAGCCUAUGGACCUCUCAACCAUGGAGGAGAAGCACGAAAAGGAUAUGUACCCGACACCACAGGACUUUAUCAAGGACGCUAUGUUGAUAUUCGACAACUGCCGGCGGUAUAACAACGAGAGCACCCCAUACGCCAAGAGUGCGAACAAAUUGGAGAAAUUCAUGUGGCAACAGAUCCGGAACAUCCCGGAGUGGUCGCAUCUGGCUGAUGGCCAUUGA